UUCACUACCGGGCCAAGUUGUUUACCGGGCCAAAUUGUUUUAGUCUUGAUCUCCUUUAGAUUACGUCUAUAGGAGGAUUAUGUGUGUGUGUAUGGGAUUAUUCACGAGGACAGUGGAAAUUUACUUUAGGCUCUGCCUCCAGCGAUGAGUUUUUACAUUUUAAACCUGUGCUUUCACGACACAACAUUAUUCUAUAUCGAUAGUUCUGUUUGGAAUCCGGAGUGGCCACCGUUUCACACCUGCGCCCCUCUCUUGUCAACUCAGGUAGGAUUGGAUUUGAGCACAACCUCAUCCCUCAACUUCAAGAAGAAUGGCUCUCGAACUCGUCAAAAUCGGAAUAUCGUUGAAAAUGCUACCAAAUAACAGUGCCGUGUUCUUCAAAUCGGACGGAGCGAGAUUUGGCCAAACCAGGACGAUUAAAUUGCUAACCGGGUCCAAGUACAACAUUGAAGUGGUUGUCAAACCUGGGGAUGUGGAGGCAACCACCAUGAGUGUAGGUGGAGUCCAAUUCCCCUUGGAGCAACGGUCUAGAGACCCCCAGUGUGUGGUCUACACUGGCGUCUACGACACAGAGGGCGUGACACACACCAAGAGCGGAGACAGACAAGCUGUACAGAUCAGCAUACAGUUCCCAGAGGUGGGCUCUUUUGAAGUGGUGUGGCAGGUGAAGUACUACAACUACAACAAGAGGGACCACUGCCAGGGAGGCAACAGUUUCAACAGCAUCGAGUACGAGUGCAAGCCCAACGAUACGCGCAGCCUGAUGUGGGUCAACAAGGAGCUGUUUGUCUGAUGGUACCAACCAAAGCCUACACAGGCAGCAUCAGGGUUGUGUUCAUUAGGCACAAAAAAAAAACGGAAGAUAACAGUGAAACUGUUACUACCUGUAAUUAGCCAACAGAAAUGCCUGUUUUUUUUUUAUUUCCGUUGCAAAAUGUUUUCCUACGGUGUGCCCUAACGAACACGACCCAGAUGAACAUGAAAUGAGAGCUGAAUGACGAUCAGCUGCUGGGUAGUGAUAGACAGUGUGUAUCAGAUCCAGAGUGGAACCCCUCAUAGCAUGACAAUGUUGCUGUUAAAUAACUAAAGAUGUUUCAUUUGCUGUAUGUUGGCGUGUGUUAUAGCUAUACGUAUUAAUGUUAGGUGUGUGUGUGUGUGUGUGUGUGUGUGUGUGUAGUAUCUAUGCAUAUAUAAGAAUGCUGUAUGUUAAUAUGUACUCUGUAUGUGAAUGUUUACAGUUAGAAGAUUUUACAAAAUAUUUGGACUAAUCCAUACAUUUAUCUUGUUUUAUAGUUAUGCUGAUUUUGACUAAUCAGAAUGUCAUAUUUCUGACCAAUCAGAAUGUCAUAUUUCUGACCAAUCAGAAUGUCAUAUUUCUGCUGCUCCUUCUGCUCAUGUUUCUUAUUUCAUUCUUAAAAUAUUUUAGAGAAGUAAAUAUGCUAAAGUGUUAUUAUUAGUUGGGGAAAACUGUCAUUUACUGUGAGAUGUGUAGUGAAAAAGCAGCAACAUGUAAAUGAUCAGAGCAUUGUGAAGUGUACUUAUGAACUUUAAAACAUUGCGAUUACUGGAUGUGUUUAAAAAAAACAAUGUUUAUGGAUGUGUUUUAAAAAAACGUUUAUGGUAGAUUUAACCAUUUUGUGAAGGUAUUUGAAUAGUAAAUAUGUUUGGGAUGACCAA